AUGGCACCGACCGCGGCGAUGGAUAACUGGACAGAGCACCCGCGGCAGCCGGACCUGUCAAAGUAUCCGAAACUCUCACAGGAACAGACGGGCCACCUCCGCCACUUCCACAACCUCGUGAGUUCCUGGACGCCCUGGGCCGACCCCGUCGCCCGCGAGAACAUCAUGUACAGCGGCCACCUGCUGAUGAUGGUCUCGCUCUACGCGAUGCUGUUCGACGACGACGGGUUCGAGGCGCCCGGCGCGCUGCGCUUCGUCUGGGACCCCCUGUUCUUCGGCAUGGGGCCCGAGACGUUCUCGUACAACGCCCAGACGCUGCAGGACACAAUACUGCGCGAGAUGGAGGGCAACGGCUGGAUCGGGUCCUGCUGCGAGCCGAACUGCGUGUUUGUCGUCUGCAACCAAUUCCCCGUGAGUCCUUUCCCCGACUCGGGGCAGACGCGCCUGACGUGGGCGGCCUGGGACAAGAAGGGGCUGGUCGGGCCGGAUGGGCUACUCCCGGAUUUCUGGAUGGUCAGGCAGAACGUGACCCUCCCUGCCAGAGACCCCGCCUGGACGGCCUGGGGAUGCGUCUUCAUGAACGCCUGGAACAGCGCGUUCGUGCGGUCCCAUUUCGACGAGCAAUCUCUGGGCCACGUCACCAACACCGGAGGGGAGGUGCGGCUGAACCAGCCCCCGGUCGCGGCCGAGUUCAGGAAGAUCGUCAAGGAGCACGUGGCGUCCCCGACCUCCCGCGCGACGCUCGAGACGGCGCGCCGGACCCCCACGUUCGGGUACGUCGCUCAGUGGCUCUCGGAGAUGGGUAAAGACGCGGCGCUGGAGGGGCUGCUCGAGUACGCCGACAAGAACCUCGGCCCCACGUGGGAGCGCGGCGGGCUGUACUACCCCCGCAACGACCAGCGGUUCGACGGCGAGCUCGAGUGGACACACAUGGACCCCUUCUCCGGCAACGCCGCGAUCGGGUACGCGCGGCUGAACGUGGAGGACGGGCAGCGGAUCAUGUGGGAGCGGCCGUGGACCGCGGAGGCCGUCGCGUCUCGGCCGCACGUCGACGGCGUCGACUUCCCGCGCGGCGACUGGGACCCGGCGAGCGGGCUGCUGGUGCUCACCGUCCGCACGUGGGACGGCGGCGCCAAGGCCAUCCGCCCGGUCGUCAAGGGCCUGGAGCCCGGCCCGUGGGACGUCUUCGUCGGCGGGGAGCUCGCGGUGUCGCGGGUCUUGUCGGCCGGGGAAGACAUCGCCCUCGAGGUGCAGGUGGGCGCCGCCGACCUGGACAUUGUCGUCAUGAAGCGUGCCUAG